AUGUCAAAAGAGGAACGCAAACGUUUUGCUCCCGAGGAUGCAGAAGUAUCGUCCGAGGAAGAUGUCGGGCCAAUGCCAGGACCCGCUGCUGACGGUGAGUCGGAGGCGGAGCGCAUCAAGCGGCGCAAGACGCUACAACACGAGAGACUGUACAUGGACCAGCUCCCAUGUGCGGAUCGGUAUGUGAAGUCACUCAUGCAUCGUGAUACGAUCAAUUUCGUCCAAGUAACGCCCCACACCGACUUCAUCAUUACGACGUCCGUCGACGGCCACGUCAAGUUCUGGAAAAAGCAAGCAUCUGGCAUUGAGUUUGUAAAGCAUUACAAUGCGCAUCUGAGCAUGAUCGUGGGCGUAGCUACGAGUGCAGAUGGCGCUUACUUUGCAAGUAUCGCAGCAGAUGGCUCUGUCAAAGUCUUUGAUGUCAUCAAUUUUGACUUGAUCCAUAUGUUUGAGCUCCCUUAUACCCCCCGGACGUGUGCGUGGGUGCAUCGGAGAGGGAGCGUCGAUGCGGUCCUGGCCAUCGCGGAGGAACACAGUACGGCGAUUCACUUCUACGACGGGCGCGGGAGCGACUCGACACCAUUGUACUCGGCUGAGCAUGUGCACAAGAAGCCUUGUCAUAUUCUCACGUACAAUGAGCCCUGGGACUGCCUUGUGUCGGCAGAUGUGAGUGGCAUGAUUGAGUACUGGCAUCCGCGUGAGCCGUAUGCAAUUCCACAAGGUUUGUUUUCGCUCAAAUCCGCCACAGACUUGUUCGAGUUUAAAAAGACCAGGUCGGUGCCCACGACCUUGUCAUUAUCGCCCGACCAAAAGCAAUUCGUGACAACAUCCAUCUGCGACCGGCAAGUGCGUGUAUUUGAUUUCCAGCGAGGCAAGCUCCUGCGGAAGUACGACGAGUCGCUGACGGCGAUUCAAGAAAUGCAGCAAGCCGAUACGGCCGUGUAUCAGCUUGACGACAUGGAGUUUGGGCGCCGUCUUGCUUUGGAACGUGACAUCGAUGCAUCGUCUCUUGCUGGCCUGGCCGAUGCUACGGCGAAUGCGACGGGCGCUAGCACGAUGAAUGCAGUGUUUGAUCAGAGUGGACAUUUCGUCAUUUACAGUACGAUGUUAGGCAUCAAAGUCGUGAACCUCAAGACGAACAGAGUCAGACGCCUCCUUGGCAAGGAUGAGUCGAUGCGAUUUAUGCAUUUAUCGUUGUUCCAAGGCAUCCCCACCAAGAAGCCAGCGACGAACAUUGCUCUUGCUGCAUCUAACAACCCAUUGGCACAAAGUGAGCAGCGACAAGAUCCAACGCUCUUCUGUACAGCAUACAAGCGCAAUCGGUUUUACAUGUUUACGAGAAAUGAACCAGAAACAGACCCGAACUCGAAACUUGCCGGUCAAGACCGAGAUGUAUUUAACGAAAAGCCGACUCGUGAAGAGCAAGCGAUUGCAAGUGAUACACCUGACGUCAAGAAGAAGCAGGUCGUUACGUCGGCUAUCCUGCAUACGACUGCUGGCGAUAUCCACCUGCAGUUGUUUCCCCAUCUCGUGCCCAAGACAGUCGAGAACUUUGUCGGACUGGCCAAAAAGGGAUACUACAAUGGUGUUAUUUUCCAUCGCGUUAUCAAAAAGUUCAUGAUUCAGACAGGCGACCCUCGCGGAGAUGGGACAGGAGGCGAGAGCCUCUGGGGUGGUGAGUUUGAAGACGAAAUUACGAGGGAACUUCGACAUGAUCGUCCCUACACACUGAGCAUGGCAAAUGCUGGCCCCAAUACGAAUGGGAGCCAGUUCUUCAUUACCACUGUCCCGACUCCGUGGCUUGACAAUAAACAUUCAGUAUUUGGACGUGCUACGAGUGGUCUGGAUGUCAUUCAUAAAAUUGAGCAUGCACCUAUCAACAGAUUUGACAAACCUAAAGAAGAUAUCCAGAUUUUUAGCAUAUCUUUGCACGGAUCAACAUAG